AAAUGCUUCUCUUCAAAUUCAUUUUCAUUCUCCUUCUCCCUUUGGUCUUAUGCAGCAGAAACACCUAACAGUUUAGCCAUUCUUUCUCUCAUUUUAUUUAGUAACAACAAUUUCAUUCACAGGACAAGCUAGAACAAAGUUCAACCACACUAAACCAAAUUAGCUACCCUUUUGGGUAAAGAGAGUCAUGGCUGGAGCAUUAAAAAAGUGCAUGAUGCUGUGUUGCACGAGCAAGAUUGUCUCGAAGGAAGAGAUGGCAGGAGAAUCAUACGAGGAAGCCAUCACGAGUCUGACCAAGCUUCUCAGUGAGAAAGCUGAGCUCGGUGGCGUUGCCGCCGCAAAGAUAAAGGAGCUGACGGCGGAGCUUGAUGCCGCCGGUUCGAAGCCGUUUAACCCGGAGGAGAGGAUCAGAACCGGGUUUAUUCACUUUAAGAAUGAGAAAUUUGAGAAAAAUCCUUAUCUAUAUGGUGAGCUUGCCAAAGGCCAGAGCCCAAAGUUUAUGGUAUUUGCAUGCUCAGACUCGAGAGUUUGUCCAUCUCAUAUUCUGGAUUUCCAACCGGGUGAAGCCUUUAUGGUCCGAAACAUUGCUAACAUGGUUCCACCAUAUGACAAGACGAAGUAUUCAGGAGCUGGGGCUGCCAUUGAAUAUGCAGUAUUGCAUUUAAAGGUGGAGAAUAUUGUAGUUAUUGGACACAGUUGCUGUGGAGGUAUAAAGGGGCUCAUGUCUAUCCCAGAUGACGGGACCACUGCAAGUGAAUUCAUAGAGCAAUGGGUCCAAAUUUGUACUCCAGCAAAGUCCAAGGUUAAAGCAGGACCAAGUGACUUAAGUUUCUCAGAGCAAUGUACUAACUGUGAGAAGGAAGCUGUGAACGUAUCACUUGGUAACCUAUUAACAUAUCCAUUUGUUAGAGAUGGAGUUGUUAACAAAACUCUGGCUUUGAAAGGAGCACAUUAUGAUUUCGUUAAUGGUACUUUUGAGCUAUGGGAUUUGAACUUCAAACUUUUUCCCACUGUAUCCGUUUAAGAUUCUCUCCAGCAACAUAGUAAACCUGAAGUAAAUCAUGUACACUUUGGAAAAGUCAAAAGGGUUUCCAUAGAAAAGAAGCAGACAUAUUCAGAAAAUAAAUAAAUAAAUAAAUAAUGGUCUGUGAGCUAUAUUAUUUUAAACUAGUUUUGUUUUCUACCAAAGUACCAUUCUCAUUUCUUUGUUAUGUAUACAGUGUUUUUAUUUUAUUUUCAUUUUGCUGAUAUACCAAUGAUUUGAUGCUCCCAAA